AUGACAACAAAUACUCAAGAUAAUAUUUGUAUACGUUGUCAUAUUCGAGAAAAAUUUUUAGAAACAUUUAAAAAAUGUUUCUAUUGUUCAAAAAAACAUUGUAAUCAAUGUUGGACAGAAUUACAAAUAUCUGAUGAUUAUAAACUGUUAAUUGAAAAAUUUCCAAAAAUAAAAAGAAUAUGUACGACAUGUAUAAAAAACUUAUUUCAAUAUUCUCAAUCGAAAAAACAAGAAAGUUAUAUCGAUGAUGAUGAUUAUCAAUUAGCAUUAGCUAUAUCCUUAUCACAACAUGAUGCGGAUGAAAAAAUGAAACAAAAAAGAAAAUUAGAUGACGAUGAUACAGAUAUUCAAAUUGAAAAUAAACCGAAUAAUAAUAGAGAAGAUUUGUUAGAAAAAACGGGAGAAGCAAUUGAAAGAUUUAUGAAUAGAGCAAAAAGCAAUUAUCAACGUAAUCGUGAUGUUAUUAGUGAUACUGCAUUACUCUCUGCCUUUAUAUUACUCCAAACAUGCGCAAAUGAUCUUGAACAAUUAAAAUAUGAUCUAGAUCAUCAACGUCAACAUUAUGAAACACUUCAAGAAAAAUUAACUGAAUUACGUGAUGCUCGUGAAGCGUUGAAUAUGCUUCGUUAUGAACAUCAUGAAAAAAAACGUCAAGAACAGAAUCAUUUUGAUCAACAACGUCGUUUAUUAAUGAUUCAAAAAGUUGCUGAUUUACGACAAUAUAAACAUACACAAAUUGCUAAUUAUCAAGAAAAUUAUUUUCAACAUUUACUUCAAGAAGAAUAUCAAAUGAAUGAACGAUUAAAACAACAAAAAUUAAUCAAACAAGUACAAUUUGGUUCAUAG